AUGUCAGGCGUGUCUCUAGCAGUGGGACGUCCAUCACAGACGACAGAACAAACGGUGGCUCCACCAGGCACACAGCAAAAACAGCAAGAACAUGCACCAGCUGGUGGCAUGAUGGGUUCACUCCGAAUGAUAGAGCUUCAGCUUGUGGCAUUCAUAUUGGUAUUCUCAGCAAGUGGUCUUGUUCCACUCCUUGAUCUAGUGUUCCCAGCCCUUGCCUCUGCUUACAUAAUGGCACUUGCACAUUUUGCAUUCCCAUCUUUAGGUUCAACAUCAGGGCCUGCAUCACAGGAGAUCUUCAAAGGAAGCAGGUUCUUCCGAAUGUAUGUUAUUGUUGGAACAACUGUAGGGUUGUUCUUGCCAUUGGCCUAUGUGUUGGGAGGGUUUGCUAGAGGGGAUGAGCAUGCUGUAAGGUCAGCAACCCCGCAUUUGUUCUUGCUCUCUUUUCAAAUAUUGACUGAGAACAUCAUCAGUAGCUUGUCUCUGUUUUCACCACCUGUGAGAGCAUUGGUUCCUAUGAUCUACACAAUUCGGAGGAUCUUUGUGGAUAUUGAUUGGAUACAUGAUGUGUGGCUCAACAAAACUUUGCCUGCAAAUGCACCGCUUCAGGACAUAGCAUGGUAUUGGUUUGGGAAGGGUCUGGCAGUGUUAAAUCUGGUUUAUUUCUGCAUCAAUCUAUUUGGGUUCUUGAUACCAAGGUUCCUUCCAAGAGCUUUUGAGAGGUAUUUUCAAGAGAGGGGAGAGAUCUAUGCUAAGACAGGAGAAGACAAGCGAUCUGCGGCCAUCAACAAACCCCAGUUAUCAGAGAAGAAGACAGAUUAA